UUGGGCUCGUCUGAGUGCAUCCUCUUGGCCGUCAUGGCUUAUGACCGCUAUGCUGCUGUCUGCCGGCCACUGCACUACACAGUCAUGAUGCACCCGAGGCUCUGUGCGUCUCUGGCCAGUGUAGCGUGGCUCAGCGGCCUCGUUACCUCCCUGGUUCAGUGCUCCCUCACUGUGCAGCUGCCUCUCUGUGGUCAUCGCAAACUGGAUCACAUUGUCUGUGAGGUGCCAGUGCUCAUCAAACUGGCCUGUGUGGAUACGACUUUCAACGAGGCAGAACUCUUUGUGGCCAGUGUAGUCUUUCUAGUAGUCCCGGUGUUACUCAUCUUAGUCUCCUAUGGCUUUAUCACCCAAGCUGUGUUAAGGAUACAAUCAGCUGCGGGGCGCCAAAAGGCCUUUGGGACCUGUUCCUCUCACCUGGUUGUGGUCGUCAUUUUCUAUGGGACCAUCAUAUUCAUGUACCUUCAACCGGCCAAUAGUAGAUCCAAAAACCAGGGAAAGUUUGUUUCUCUUUUCUAUACCGUAGUCACCCCCCUUUUAAACCCCAUUAUCUACACUCUGAGAAACAAAGAUGUGAAAGGGGCCUUGAGGACCCUGAUACUGGGAAAUGCUGUUGGACAAACCACGGGAACUAGUGAAACACCUGGAAUUAUAAAGAAGCGAAACAAGCCAAGGCCGAGUGAGGGUUCAUUCUCCCCAGACAUUCCUCUUGUCAAUCCCAAGACCCUAGGUUCAAUCUAG